GCGGGGGCAGGGGCAGGGGCGGGGGCGGCGUCGCCGCGGUGCUGUCCCCGCGAGGCCGCGGAGGGCGCCGUGGGCCAGCCGCCGCUCGGAGCAGCGCGUCCCGGACGGCGUGCGGGCGUGCGGGCGCGGGGCGACGGCAGCCCCGCAGCGACAUGUGACCAUGGACCGCAGGACCAGGGAAAAUCCAGAAAGAACUUUUGACUUGGUAUUGAAAGUGAAGUGUCAUGCCUCUGAAAAUGAAGAUCCUGAGGUAUUGUGGAAAUUCCCAGAGGACUUUGGAGACCAGGAAGUUCUGCAGAGCGUGCCCAAGUUCUGUUUUCCCUUCGAUGUGGAAAGGGUGUCUCAGAAUCAAGUUGGACAGCACUUUACCUUCGUCCUGACAGACAUGGAAAGUAAGCAGCGAUUUGGGUUCUGCAGGCUCACAUCUGGAGGCAGAAUUUGUUUAUGUAUUCUUAGUUACUUGCCAUGGUUUGAAGUAUAUUAUAAACUUCUAAAUACUCUGGCAGAUUACUUGGCCAAGGAACUGGAAGAGGAUUUGAAUGAAACUCUUAAAUCACUCUAUAACCACCCAGUACCAAAGGCAAACACUCCUGUCAACUUGAGUGUGCACUCCUGUUUCAUCACACCUGACAUAACUGGACUCCCAACGAUACCGGAGAGUAGAAACCUGACCGAGUACUUUGUUGCCGUGGAUGUCAACAACAUGCUGCGACUGUACGCCAGCAUGCUGCAUGAGAGGCGCAUCAUUAUUACCUCGAGCAAAUUAAGCACUUUAACUGCCUGUCUCCAUGGAUCGGCUGCGCUACUCUACCCGAUGUACUGGCAACACAUAUAUAUCCCCGUGCUUCCUCCACACCUGCUGGACUACUGCUGUGCCCCAAUGCCAUACCUGAUUGGAAUACACUCCAGUCUCAUAGAGAGAGUGAAAAAUAAAUCAUUGGAAGAUGUGGUUGUGUUAAAUGUUGACACAAACACGUUAGAAUCACCAUUUAAUGACUUGAGCAGCCUGCCCAGUGAUGUGGUCUCGGCCUUGAAAAAUAAGCUGAAGAAGCAGUCCACAGCUACGGGAGAUGGAGUGGCUCGGGCCUUUCUGAGGGCUCAGGCGGCUUUGUUUGGCUCCUACCGAGAUGCUCUGAGAUACAAGCCUGGCGAGCCCAUCACCUUCUGUGAGGAGAGCUUUGUAAAGCACCGCUCAAGCGUGAUGAAACAGUUCCUGGAGACUGCAGUUAACCUUCAGCUCUUUAAGCAGUUUAUUGAUGGUCGACUGGCAAAGCUUAACGCAGGAAGAGGUUUCUCUGAUAUCUUCGAAGAAGAGAUCACUUCGGGUGGCUUCUGUGGAGGGAGCCCGAGGUCAUAUCAGCAGUGGGUGUAUACAGUCAAGAAAGGAGGUGCAUUGUUCAACACAGCAGUGACCAAAGCAACUCCCGCUGUGCGGACUGCAUACAAAUUUGCAAAGAGUCACGCCAGACUGGGACUAAAGGAGGUGAAGAGCAGGCUGAAACACAAGGACAAUGAGGAAGAGUAUGGGACCUGUUCUGGUUUGGUGCAGUAUACACCAGUGUACACUUUACACAAUGAAAAGGGAGAGAACAGAGAGAAGCACAAGCUUUCCCAGACACACUUGAAAAGGCCUCAUAAGAGCCUAGAUGGUACCCUGUAUGAUGAUGAUGAUGAUGACGAUGACAUUGAACGGGCAAGCAAGAUAUCUUCUGAAGACGGGGAAGAAACCCGUGCUUAUUUCUACGAAAGCGAUGACUCCGUUGAAGCCCAGGUGAAGGCUCCUUACUCAGGGGAGAUGGACUUACUGGGUGAGAUCCUGGACACGCUGAGCACGCACAGCUCUGAUCAAGGAAAGCUGGCGCCUGCCAAGAGCCUGGAUUUCUUCAGAUCCAUGGAUGACAUUGAUUACAAGCCUACGAACAAGUCCAACGCUCCCAGUGAGAAUAACCUGGCCCUGCUGUGUGCUUCUGGAGACCAGGGAGAGUGGAAUCUCGGGCAGGACGACAGCGCCCUCCAUGGCAGGCAACUCCCUCCAUCCCCAAGGAAACGCGUUUCCUCUGGUGGGCUGACAGAGUCUCUGUUUAUCCUGAAAGAGGAGAGCAGGGAGAAGCCCCUCUGUGCUGACAGCGUAAGUGGCCCUACUGUGGUGGGAAAGCCAGCUCCGACUUCAGGACUGCGUUCCCAGCCUGCUGCUCCUGAAGCUUCCCAAACAGAGAGAGGAAGAGCAGAAGUGAAGCAAACACCAGGUCAGGCUCCACUUCAGUCAGAGGAUCUGUCGGUGCCCGGCCCCGGGAGCCGCCAGUCGACUUUUGUUCCCUGGGAGAAGGCUGGCAAAGAGGACACGAAGCCUUCAAAGGAUGUCGGACUUCUCCAAGAAGUAGUGUCAUUGUGUCACAUGUCAUGUGACUUCCAACAAGAUUUAAACAUUUCAGAAGAAAGCAGAAGUGGAAACCAAACUUAGGUACCAGUAGUGGGUCAGUUGCUUGCCUCUUGGCUUCUCCGGAGGCAUGUGGAAUUCCUUCCCUGAGAUGGGAACAGUAGAGUCACUGAUAGGAAUGGCGACCCCUACUGCAGUCUAGUUGGUUUCCCUGUCUGUUCAUCUCAUGGAUCUGUAUUACCUGUUGGUUUCCCAGCGUAAAACGAAUUCUGCUGUGCUGUUAAAUCAGGUACUAACUUGUACAUAGGCUGAAAGUGUGUUUUGAAUUUAAGCUUUCCCAGUAUUUGGUGCUUAAUGCUGUUUGUUUUAUUUAAACUAAGUGUGCGUAUAUAACCCCACAUAUCGCCAGUAGUUACUGUACUAACCUGGCUGAGCAUGAACUGAUCAAGAUGUCAAAACUGAUGGAAAAUAGCCUGACACUGAUGAAACUGUUAACCCACUAAUUGCCUUAAUCUUCCAGUUAUGCUAAACAUACAGAUGACGCGUGAUGCAAAGCUUGAAAGAGGAGUUAUCUUGUCCUGCAGAGCAGUGAUGCCUUUUUCUACCAUGAACUAAGCUCACCAUUCUUUUCCAGUUUCAAUGCACUCUAGCAGAAAUAAUUUGCUUUUUAUGAAGACAUGUAGCCAUGUUUUCCAAGCAACGUGAAUGUGUAUAUUUACCUUUCAGUGAACUAUAUUAAGUGCUGACUUACAAUGUGAAGUUAAAAGCUUCUGCUUACAAAGAAGCCCCUCAAUGGUCGAUCUCAUGUAUGUGUUAACCAUGGUUCACCGCCCGAAAGCCAAAUGCCCUGCAGAGUCCAGAUAGGCUGUUGUCCUCUUCUCUUAACUGACGUGCUGUGAAGAUGCUCAUAGCCUUACCUUGUGUUUGCUUUUUUAAAGAAUUAACUUUGUAUUUUAAAUGUUCUUCUAGAUUUGUAGAAAAAAUGCAAAGAUGGUACUGAGUUGCUCUCUGCCCUGGACCCUGUCUCUGCUGUUGUUAGCAUCCUAUGUUAGUGUGCUGCAUUUGCCCUAUCAUUGACUCGCUGUGUGGUAGUCAGAGCUCUGACUGUUCCCUGCUGUCCCCUUUCUGUUCCCUUAUCGCCUCAGCGUUCUAGAGUAUGUUCUACGAUCAUGUCUUCUGAGGUUCCUCCUCACCCUGGGACUUCACUUUCUUAGUUUGAUGGCUUUGAAGUUAUCAGGAAUAUUGUUCAGAUGUCCAGCUCCUGUACUGUAUAUAGUAUUUUUCUCCUUAUUACACCGAGGUUAUCCAGCUUUGAGGGAGGAGAUCACAGAAGAAAAGUGCCGUUUUCAGCAUCUGAAGGGGUGUGCUGCAAGCAUAUGCCAUGUUGUGUUGACUUUGAACACCUGCUGGGGUUCUCUAUUCUGAGUGUGUCCCCUGCAGGCAAGCAGGAGGGGUGCAGGCAAAGAAGAGAGGAAGGGCAGGCACAAUAGAAUUAUUUAGGGCAGAGAAGUAUCAAAAUGCAUCCUUUGUGAUUCUCCGUGGAUCCUGCCUCCCUCAUGAUUACUCUAGCUUUGGAGCACACCUGAGAGCACAUGCAGAUCCCUAGAUGUGCAGGUAGUGUGUUUGAACACGCCAUGGUUCUAGUCUAUACAUCCUCAAGUGUGAUGAUUACUUUUCAAAAAUUGUCUUUUUUUAGUGAAAAAAAAAAGUUUGCAAAACCAUUGAAGAAUUCCAGUAAGGCCAUACUCUAAAGUAUUUACUUAAAGAAUAUAAUUUUAGCUAGAAUUUUAGGAGGUUUAUUUAACAUAGUCCUUAAAAUAUUUACACAGGUCUUUUUUUUUUUUUUUUUUGGUAUUAAGUGCUUUAUUCAGUCAGCUAUGUCACUAGACCAUGAAUACACUUUCUUAAAACUGAAAAAUUAAAAGUUAAACAGUAUAAGCUAGUACAGUUGUUCCUGGUUGCCUUCCAGAAGUUAAAGGUAACUGCAUUGCUGAAGAUAUCAUGGACUUCAAACCCAGGACUGUGUUCUGGCCUAAAAGCCUCUUCCCUGGGGACUAGCUUUCAUAAUACUGUAAGAAACUAUAAAAACUUCUCAGAGAUGGAAGCAUCCACUACUACACUGUUUGACACACACAGGUCAUUUUUUAAAACUGCAUUCCAAAAUAUAACUAGGUAGUUUUACUUGAGGUAAUGGUUCCCUCUUUUGUAGUGGAUGGUGGAGCCUGUCCUUCUGAGGAUGGGCUCACUAUAGAAGGGAAGAUUUAAUCCUUGUCUUCACACAAUAAUAAUAUGCAAGGUUGUGAGAUUGUGCCUGUAUGUGUUGUUCAUUAGUCCCAGUUUACUGAAACAACAGGAGAGUACACAUGGAAGAGCUGAUUUCAGCGGGAAGUGGAAAAGUUAUUGUGGUAGUCACACUGCUGGGCAGGGGUUCCCACCAGAUUCCUCAACAGAAUGGAGCGCUUUUAAUGCCAUUUUUCAAGUGAGGUCUCUUUUUCACAUCAGAACUCAUUGUCUAAAAAAAUGAGAGCAUCCUGACUGCAGCUUAAAACACUGGCUUCCAGUCUACUUCCAUGGUAAUCCCAUGGCCACAGGUUUGUGGCUCUCUACCUUGAGUCAGCUUGUGAGAUGUUCUACUGUAACACUAGACUAUUUGGAAACAUUUAUCCACUCACAAAUAAUGUCCUAAGCCACGAAAGUGAUCUGUGCCUUAUGUAACAAGCAAAAACAGCUACUUUAUGUUAAAAAGAAAAACUGUACACAUUAUUUUUAAAUGUCCAGAAAACUGGAAGCAAGUAGGUGCUUCGCACCAUUAAAACCUUGAGUAUUUGAAGUCAGCUUUUAAAUGACACUUCCCAGUAUUAUGAUGGAAACAGUUGUAAAAAUAAGAGACCAUCAGGUGAGCUCUGAAAUUUUAAAAAAGGGAAUAUAAAUGGAGUAUUUUUUUGUUUUGUUUUGCUUUGCCCAAACCAAAUCAAAUAUAAGUUCCCUGCUAUUGAAAAUAUGUGUUUCUGUUUGCACUGUCAUUCUAUAUACUGAGCACCAACAACUGGAGCUCCCAAAAUAAAUCUUUCAGACAAGCUGCUUCUGAGCGAUGAGAGACUUGACUAACUCACAGCUCUGGCUCCCGAAUCUUGUGCUUUAUACGCCUCUAAAGGAACCCUGAUCUGUGACUCAUCGAGUCUCCCUCAGGCUUUGCAUCCAGGCCAGGUCAGGGGCUAAAGAUAGAAGGACAAAUGUCGGUCUGCAGUUGUGUUAAAGUGAAGACGUUGCCGAGUAAAAUGCAUGGGUGAUUACCUAGUCUUGCCAAUCUUACUAUCAGCUUAUGGCAUACUGACUUUUCCAAUUCAGAGUUAGUAACUCCUUCACUGAGAAAAUAUUUAUUGACUUUUCAGGAGCAAGGUAUAAAAAUUAAGGAUGUAAGGGUACGGGAGGAAACAAUUACCCAGCUCUGGGGAAUCAAUUAAAAGGGAAAGGAACUGUAGGUGUUAAAAUAAUAACUAAUAAUAAUAAUAAUAAUAAUAAUAUAAUAAAAAUACAAUAAGGAUGUAUUUGCUUAGAUGGUACUCGCUCAAGAAUCAACACCGAGAGAUGCUUUUUAAAAAUAGCUGCUUUAUUUAAAGUAUGUUCAAACUACAAAAUCGUUAACUCUUUUAGUAAUUAUAUGAGCCACUCACUAGAAUGCUGCUAAGAUCCCACCCUAAAGGACAGAUUCAGAGGCACUGCUUGGCUGAGUCCUUGCUCUGACCAUCCACACGACCUGACAUUGUCCCUUUGCAGUACUGAUGGCCGUUUCCCCCAGUUCAGGAGUAACUUAGAGUAUAUAAAGGAAGAACCUAGUCAUGUUGCUGGGAGUCCCGAUUUUACAUUUAAAAAAAAAAAAUCUUGGUAACAACAUUUUCUAGGGAGCCUUUUUUUUCUUAGCUAAUGGUGUGACUGUUAUUAAGAUGCUAUGCUGAUAUCUAAUGGUGUGACCCAGGAAUGCCCAUGAAAUACUUGUUGGUUAAACAAAGGGAAGAUUCCUGGUCAACAGCAAAUGGCUGUGGACAUUCUUGCAGUCAACAGCUGUCCCUUCUCUGCUCAGAUCUCCAGUUCAAGUUCAUCACUUUCAUGAGUAAAUUGUCUCCUGAGAACUUCAGGUUCUGGGUUGGUGUCAGUGAGUCUCCAAUCUGAGAAGAUAUUUGAAAAUCAGAAUGAAAGUUCAAAAUGGAAACUGAACCCCCUAAAUGUAGGCUCUCCCCAGGCAUCUCUUAAUGUUGGUAGUCAGUUUUUUAGCAGUCUGAUUCUCUGAGCAUUUUCCCCACGUUGAGGCCAGAGGCCUAUUAGUGUCUGUUUUUUAAAGCUUCCAGGAAUAGAAACGCUUUGCAACAGCCAGUUGAUGUUAGGAUUUGUUUAUAAAAUAGGGAAUUAUGUAUAUUGAGACAGAAAUAUUUUAUUUUGAAACAUAGGAUUUUGUGCAAUAUUUUUCUUGCAUUGUUUAGUUUAUAUAAAUAUGCACAUCUGCUUUUCUGGCAGAUACCUUAAGGUCAUGUCUUUCAGUAUUUGCCUAAAACUGUAUGUAGCAAUGUUCUAUGUGAUUUCAGAAAAAAAAAUUACUCUUUCUAUUAUUAGUAGAAGUGUUCUUGUUUAUUUAAAAUAAUAAUGUGGAGAUUGCAUUAUUGUAUCAUAACGAACUGCCUCAGCCACAAUAAAUAUGCAAUAAGAAAUUCCUGUUCCUUUGAUUAGUAUUGACAAUACUGUUACUUUAACAGAAAUGUUUGUGGUACAGAGUGCUGGUUCUAUCUGUGUUCAUUUAACAGCUACUCUGCAGCACAAGAAUCUAAACGGUAUAUUUAUGUGAUAACCAUGUGUAUGUAGAUUAUGACAUCCUUUGUGAUGAGUCUUUGUUGAGGCUUGUAAAGGGCAUUGCCAAUACUUUUUGAUUGUAAAUUAAUUUUUUUGUAUGAUGUAUAGUUUGUUUAGCCUUAGAGCUUCUUUAGAUUUCUACUUUUAUUAUACUUGAAUGAGGCAGAAAGCACUGUGGGCAGUUUGUAACUCUGGAUGCAAUAUGCAGAUAUACCAAAAAUAAAACAAGGUACUGAACAGCAGCGCUAAUGGAAUGCGUUAUAAUCCAGGAGUUGUGUUUUUCAAGCCACAUUUUAGUGAAAUGAAGUAAUUGAAGAUAUACAGUCUUUUAUCUAGACAGUAUAGUCUCAAAUGAUUACCUCUUCAAUGUGUCAAAGGUGUGUGUCCUUUUUAACUUCUGUAUCAGUCCUUAGCUGAGCCUAGAGGACCAUCCAUCCUCCCUCCUCGGACCACAUGAUGUCUAGGACAGAACAAAUCAACUACAUUGUGCAUAUUAGGUGCACUGUCUGUGUGAAGUCACUGUGUUUUAGAUAGAGUAGCUUUCAUAGGUAAUUUUGAGAACUCUUUAAUAAUCAUAUACCAAAAACUAAAAACUAAAUUUUUUAAAUGAGUUAUUACUUAGCUGUGCCUAAAAUCUCUUAGACAUAAAGGCCACAUGAGGGACUCAGGAUUGAAUGUUUCCAAAGUUUAUGUUCAUUCCUUUAGCUAAAGAGUUGUUUGCUCAACAUAUAACCAGUAGCUUAAAAAACAAAACUAAGCAAAACAAAACAGAAAACCAUGAGCAGCAAGACACUGAGAUGUGCUUCGUGGUGCUUGCCCUCGAGACUACAGUUUAUCAUCUCUGGACUUAAUUACGAUUGGGAAGAUGUUCUGUAUAAAAUUAUUGUUUGGAAGUUUUUUAAUAUGCAAAAUAAAAUGUUGAAUGAACUCUGCUUUGCCAUAAAGUACCCAAUAAUGUCGCUGAAAAUAAAAUUGGUCACGAUCAAA